CCCCUCCGCCCCGGGGGUCCCGUCGGCGCCGGGCAGCCCGCCCGGCUCGAUGGAGGGGCGGCCCGCAGCGAGGCGCUUCUUCCCGGCUCUGCGUGCCCCGUAGCCCUGCUGCUUUGCUGGCUUUCCUCGUGCUUUUGGAGUGUAGUGAAGGGUUGGAGAAGAUACAAGGAGAGUGAGAAGUGAGAGGCACUCACGCUGCCGCUUCUUUGUGAGUAAUCCAAGAGAAACAACUGCCAACCACUGCCACGUUUUCAUCUGUUGGUAAACAUCAGCUGCUGCUUGGCCUUGAGGGAGGAAGACUGAAUUAGUUCCAGAUGGAGAACUCUUUCAGCCCAUUUAGACUUUCCAGUUGAUUAAAGCCAGCAGGCAGAAACCAUGGAGCAGCCCACGUGAAGAAUCCUGUGGGGUUUAUAUUCCUACAAGAUGUUCUUUGAAGGACCAAACCCAGUUUUCCAGGCCCCUGGGAGAUGAAGCAUUGACCACGUGACAUUUUUAUUUCAACAAAUGCUUUGUCAGGGCCGCUUUGUGUGAAGGACAAAGAACAGUUUGAAAUAUUUAUUUCUUCACCUCACCAUGUCGGCCGUGACGAGCGCCCUGACCCCGGAGGCCCCGAGCCCUCCCCAGCUGGAGGAGAAGCCAAAGGGAAAAUCCCUGUUCCAGCUGGGCUCCCUCUUUGCUAACAGGAGUGAGAAAUUUGUCAUUGCUCGCAGUGACAGCUUGCCAGAGGAGAAUGUCCUGAAAAUCACAAUCACAGAGACCACGGUCAUCGAGUCCGACCUGGGCAUCUGGAAUUCCCACGCCCUCAUCUACCUCACUCUGUGGUUUUUCUUCAGCUUUUGCACUCUGUUCCUUAACAAAUACAUCCUGUCCUUGCUGGAGGGAGAGCCCAGCAUGCUUGGUGCUGUCCAGAUGCUUUCCACCACCUUCAUUGGCUGCAUCAAGAUGUUUGUCCCUUGCUGUCUGUACCAGCACAAGACCAGAAUCUCCUACCCCCCGAACUUCAUCAUGAUCAUGCUCUUUGUUGGCUUAAUGAGGUUUGCAACAGUGGUGCUGGGGCUGGUGAGCCUGAAGAACGUGGCGGUUUCGUUUGCAGAGACUGUGAAAAGCUCUGCUCCUAUUUUCACUGUCAUCAUGUCCAGGAUGAUCCUGGGCGAAUACACCGGGCUGCUGGUCAAUCUGUCCCUGCUGCCUGUCAUGGGAGGGCUGGCUCUGUGCACGGCCACCGAAAUCAGCUUCAACGUCCUGGGCUUCUCUGCAGCUCUGUCCACCAACAUCAUGGACUGUUUGCAGAACGUCUUUUCCAAAAAGCUCCUCAGUGGAGAUAAAUACAGAUUUUCAGCCCCGGAGCUUCAGUUCUACACAAGCGCUGCUGCUGUGGUCAUGCUCAUCCCAGCCUGGAUAUUUUUCAUGGACGUGCCUGUGAUUGGCAGGAGCGGAAGGAGCUUCAGCUACAGCCAGGACAUUGUCAUCCUGCUGCUGAUGGACGGCGUGCUGUUCCACCUGCAGAGCGUCACAGCCUAUGCCCUGAUGGGCAAAAUCUCCCCUGUCACCUUCAGCGUUGCCAGCACUGUCAAGCACGCCCUGUCCAUCUGGCUCAGCAUCAUCGUCUUUGGGAACAAGAUCACCAGCCUGUCAGCCGUGGGCACUGUCCUGGUCACCGUGGGGGUCCUGCUCUACAACAAGGCCAAGCAGCACCAGCAGGAGACCCUGCACAGCCUGGCCAUGGCCCCGCAGCCCCCAGGGCCCACCGAGGACACCGAGCCCCUGAUCUCCAAGGAUCUGGAACCCUAUGAUUAAUGGGGUCUGCAGCCUCCCAGCCCGGCGUGGCUCCACGGAGAUCCUCCUGGAUGGGCUUGUUCCUGUGGUUCCUCUGAGUUCCUCAAAUCCUCCUGGAUGGGCUUGUUCCUGUGGUUCCUCUGAGUUCCUCAAAUCCUCCUGGAUGGGCUUGUUCCUGUGGUUCCUCUGAGUUCCUCAAAUCCUCCUGGAUGGGCUUGUUUCUCUGGUUCCUCUGAGUUCCUCAAAUCCUCCUGGCUGUGGCUGGCUGUUCCACAAAUCCUCCUGGAUGGGAUUGUUCCUCAGGUUCCUCUGAGUUUCUCAAAUCCAGCUGGGUGUCGCUGUUCCACAAAUCCUCCUGGAUGGGGUUGUUCCUCUGAGUUCCUCAAAUCCUCCUGGCUGUGGCUGGCUGUUCCACAAAUCCUCCUGGAUGGGAUUGUUGCUCAUGAGUUCCUGAAAUCCUCCUGGAUGGGAUUGUUCCUCAGGUUCCUCUGAGUUCCACAAAUCCUCCUGGAUGUGGUUGUUCCUCUGAGUUUCUCAAAUUCUCCUGGAUGUGGUUGUUCCUCUGAUUCCUCUGAGUUCCUGAACUCCUCCUGGAUGUGGUUGUCCCUUUCAGUUCCUGAACUCCUCCUGGAUGUGGUUGUCCCUUUCAGUUCCUGAACUCCUCCUGGAUGUGGUUGUUCCUCUGAGUUCCUGAACUCCUGGAUGUGGUUGUUCCUCUGGUUCCUUUGAGUUCCUGGCAGGUCUCACCCAGGAUUUGAAGCAGGAAGGAGCUGGGAAGGAUCCAGCAAAACCUUGGGAACCUGACGCCCCAAAGAGAGGACCUGGAACGUGGCAAACUUGGGCUUUGUUGUCUCUCCUUGACUCCAGAUCAGAUCCGAGCCUGUGCUGGUGGAAGAACUUUGGUGUCCCGUGGGAAAACAAUUCCUGCCUCCCUCCCCAUCCAAACAAUGUGAAAAUGGGGCCCCACCACUGAAUUCUGCUGGCAGAGGGAUGGAGUUGGUGCCUCGUGGAAGUUUCUGGUGGUUGCUCUGCAUUUCCUGCAUCGUCCCUCACUCCUGUGUGCUGCAGAGAUGGAAGAAGUCCAAGGAGGGGAUUGUCCCACUCUGGCCUCACCCCCAAACCCUGCCAGAGCUCCAGGAGCAUUUGGACAGCACAAGAAAGGAUUUUGGGGUGGAUUUUGGUUUCUGUGCAGGGCAAGAGUUGGACUGGAUGGUCCUUGUGGGUCCCCUCCCACUCAGGAGAUUCCAGAAUUCUAAAAAGGAUUGGAAUUCCCACCUUUCUCUCCCAAAAAAUCCUGACUUUAGAGGGUUUGCUUGAAGCAAACUCUGGGAAAUGAGCUGUGGUGAAAAUGAGCACCUGCUGCUGGCUACAAAUCCCGGAUUUGUAGUGCUUUAAAAUGUAAAAAUUCCGUGUGGAAAUACUGCAUUCCGAUCCUUUAUUGACAAAACUGAAAUGCAAAUAUUCACACACGUACCCUGUGGAAACGGAGCGUUGAAUUCAAUGCUUGUAGUUGCUUAGAGGUAAAAAAAAAACACUGAAAAUCGUGGUGACAAAGGAAGCAGGAUCUCUGCAUUUCUGUAAAAAACCAUUUUGUUGUUUUACUUUCAUUUCGUUCUGCACGAGGAAGGAAAUUGAUGGUGUUUUUUUUUUUAUAUUCUUUCUAAGAGUGCAACAAAAGGCUGCCUCUUAGAAACUCAGGGUUAUGAGUGUGACCUGUGUGUAAAAUAUCUAAUUUCUGAUGGUGUAAAGAAAUCUCAGAGGCAUCUGUGACAGAUGGGAGGAAUAUUAACCAGCAACUGAGGCAAAUCUUUAUUUCUGCUGCUUUUAAGUUUCCUUUUUUUGAAGGAAAUUUGUUUUUUGUGGUAGAUCCAAGAUUAAAAAUUCACUUUCCUUUUCAAAAUUCUGAAGAACAGACAGUUUUGACAAAAAAAAAGCGCACAUGUAGCUGCAAAAACAUUCACCUGGACUUUUUGGGAACAAAACUUAAAUUAAAAUGAGUGGAUUGGAAUAAUUGCCACUCUUCUGCAAGGCUGGAGCAUGGAUAUGUAGUGGUCUUUAUGGUAAAAAUAAUGGUGAACAGGAAAUUGCAAUUGGAAUUCCUGUAAAAUUACAUUUCCACGCCUCAGUGGCUGCCUGGGGCAGAUUCCCCAAAGAUCUGAGGGAGAAAAAUGCCAAUUUUUUCAUCCUUGUGUGUGUGGUAUGUCGGUGGUGUUUUGUUUUCUUUUGUACUCCUGUCACUUUUAUAAAAGCUGUGGACUGUGGAGCUCUGUGGUUUUUUUAAUUUGUUUUCUGCCAAAUACACUGAGAUUUUUGAAAGUAUAACUAUAAAAAAAAAACCAAGAAAAAGUA